AUAUUUUUGACCACCACAUCCUCAUUACCAACGCCGCUCACUCCACAAACUUAUUGCAGUUUCGGCAGAAACAACUAACCAUUACUACGUUCGCUACAGCUUGCCCAGCAUGAGUACAUCAAAGGAACCCAAGAUAAUGUCUUCGCGACUACUCACUAUGAAGUUCAUGCAACGCUCAACCGUCAAGAACUCCUCCCCCACGUCCUCCACCGGCCCUUCAACACCCAUCUCAAAUGGGCCUCAUGCAAAGCGCCAACGUCUUUCCUCAGGUUCAUACACGCCCACCCCGUCCUCCGACUAUGUUGCCAUGCAGGCCGCCCUCGCGGCUGAGGAAGCCAAACGCUCGGAGGCAGUUGAGCGACAGGCGGCUGAGGUGGGCGAGACGAGGUGGGUCUUGAGCUUUCGAGAUGACCAGGCGGCGCGAGGCAAGGUCCAGAUGAGGGUGGUGCAGGCAGGGUUCGCGGAGAUUGACGGUCAGGGCGACGAGGAGAGUAGUGAUGAGGAGAGCGGUUUCGGUGCGGGAGGGAGGAUGAGGUUUGGAAAGGGGAAGAAGGCUCAAGUCACAAAUUCUUCCGCCGACAAGGAAGAAUCGUCAGACUCAGACGAAAAAUCAGACCCCUUAGACUCCGACCCUGACGGUGACCCCACUGAUGCGCUCAUCCGCUCCGCCCAGGCUCGCGCCGACCGCAAGGCGAAGAAGCAGGCCGCAAAAGCAGAGGCUGUAAAAAUGGCGGAGGCACGGCGUAGGAAGGAAGUGAACCUGAAUCAAAACAAGGGGAGAGGGAUAUCGUCAGGUGGCGGCCUUAGCAUGGCAAACACAGCCAGGGGCGUGACAUGUCAUGGUUGUGGGCAGGAAGGACACAUGAUGCGAGACUGUCCAAAGAACACGAGGAGGAGAAUACCAGAAGAACGGUGGAAAGCUAAUCAAGACCUCAAGAUUUUGCGGUAAUAUUCUCUGCUCAGAACACACGCUAGGUACAUCUACGAGCAAAGUAUAGGCAGAAAUGGUACACAGUAUUACUACUCCCAUGGAUUCUUGUAUGCUCUGGUACUCCACGACGAGCUAUUACCCACCAGCGGCUCGUUAUGAGUCGAAGUGCAAUCACUCUCAAAGAGCUUAAUCGCUGCGUUAAAGACGCUUUCGAAGUAGAUACGAGUUCAUAAGAAGGUUCUUCACAUGGCG